AUGAGUGAGCAUUCAAAGGAAACCGAGACUAGAGCUCAGUUUAUUGAAGAACCCGAAGCGAGAUUGGGUGGGGCCAAAAAACGGACUUUGAAAAGUGCCAUUAAAGGUGCCACUAGCAAACAGGACGGAUUUGAUGAAGAAACGGUACAAUCGUCACCGCUGUUGACAUCGACACCUCCGACGGUGUCUAAGACUUUAGUGCACUUGUACCCUUAUUUGAUUACGGUAAACAAAGCGCUGAGUGUGAUUACAUGGACGAACGAUGACAUAUGGCCUAGCGUUUUAAUGGUCAUCACUUACAUUUCUGCCGUUCUUUACAUCGACAACUUGCUAAAAUAUUUGGGCCACAUGGCGCUGGUGGGGGUACUGUGGUGUUAUUCGAUGCUAAACGAUUUUGUUGAGGAGUCUGUUAGAGAAUAUCCUACGCUGGACGAUAUCAUACAUAUCAUCACGUGUGUGACUGCGAAGGCUGAGCUAUUGUUGUCACCAAUUGCAAUUUUGAGCGGUAACGAUAUCAAACGGCUUUUGUUUACUACGGUAUUUUUGUCACCGAUUUACAUGAUAUUCACACUUUUCAUUCUACCACCACGGAGGCUGAUUUUGGUUGGUGGUGUUUACAUGCUUACGUAUCAUUCUACGUGGUCCCGUGUGAUGAGACGGUUGUUGUGGAAGUUUAAAGCGGUUAGACUUUUGGCCUUUUAUAUCACGGGUCUGGAUUUGGGCGGUGUCAAUAAAAGUCAUGGCAUUUUUGCCGCUGUUCAGAACAAAGUGAUGAAGAUGUCGUCUGGGAAAAAUGCUACAGAUGACGGUAAACCUAUCAGGUUUACGUAUGUGCUGUACGAAAAUCAGCGGCGGUGGUUAGGUAUUGGCUGGACCUCAAACAUGCUGAGUUACGAGAGGGCCGCGUGGACAGACGAGUUCAUGAAUGAGGCACCACCACCAGAUCAAUUCAAGCUACCGGAAGAAAACAUGGGCCUCUCUUGGAGAUGGAUAGAUCGUACUUGGAGACUAGACAUGACAAAUGACGGUGCCAUUCAACUUUCAAGUAAUCGGCCCAAGACCACCGCACAGCCGAACUCAGAUGACGGAUUUAUAUUUUACGAUAAUACUUGGAAAAAACCUUCGACAGAAGAUUCGUUUUCCAAGUACACAAGAAGGAGGAGAUGGAUUCGCAUUGCAGAACUUAUAAAAACGGAUAUUUUGAAAAUUGACGACAACUUGCCUCUAAGGUCGAGCGCUGACACCUCAGUCCAACACGUAGAGGUCCAAGGCGAUACGAAUGGCACCAGUCGUCUUUCUGGAGAGAGCUCGACGGUUUUGAACAACGUCAGAGAAUUAGAGUCGUACCAAAGAAAAGUAUCCUUCAGCGAUAAGAAGGAUGUGCACAUAAUUGAUCCUCGCGGCAGCCUUGGCGUGGAACAUAUCAAGCAUGAGGUAGAAGACAACGAAACAAAUCCUUUGGUCUUAGAAGAUGCCGUUAUCGAGGACAUAGUCGACAAACAGACUGGCCCAACAACGUCCGGGUAUAGCAGCAAACCCGAGGCGUAA